UCGUCUUGCUCCGUUAAACAGAGGAUUGCUGCGAAGAACUAUAACAGCAGAGAGGAUCGCAAGCCAAAGUCACCGGUUUUUACGGAAAGUCUGAUUACUGUUUAUGUUAGGAAAUAGAAAUCAGAUCCUUUUAGGAAACAAAUUUCUGGUUUCCUUAUUCACGAUGUAGUAGCAGAAAAAUACCUCUAUAAAUAUCUGACUAUCUAAGAGGGAUUGAAACUUGAACUAGCUCUGUGCAAAAUUCAGACAAAGGUAGGAGGGUUGAGAAUAGAGAAAGAUCGGUAGAAGGCAUUGUUUUUACAAUUAAAAUCAGUGAUGGAAGGUUAUGAGAAUUUGGAUGAGUAUGAGGACGACGGAUUCAUCGUAGAUGAGGAAGAAAAGGCGUCUGAUGACGGAUUUAUCGACGAUGAGGAAGAACAUGUGUCUGAAGAAGAUGAAGUUGAGGAAGAGAAAGUGCAAGAAGAGGUAAGGAAGCCUACGAAAGACGAGAUGGAUUACCUCAAAGUUAGGCAGGAGUUAAAAGAAGCGAUGAGGAGGAAGAUGAAGAAGGGAAACGAUUCUGUCACCGGAAAUUCCCAAGAGAGGGAGAAGCCUAAUUAUGGUUCCUUUUUUGGCCCCUCUCAGCCUGCUAUUGCGCGAAGAGUCAUCGAAGAAAGCAAGUCAUUGCUGGAAAAUAUGCAUCUGGCAGCUAGAGUUUUAAAACCCAAUCAUACUUUGCAGAGCCAGAAGAGUCCUACUGUCCCAAAAGCUACCCCAAAACCUGGUGCAGGUGAGCAGCCUCCAACAGUUGUUAGCAUGGAAAAACAGAAAGCGCGCGUCUUAAAGGAAGCGAGAGAUUAUUCAUUUCUUUUAUCUGAAGAUGCUGAACUUCCAGCUCCUGCAAAAGUGCUUCCACCCCAGACUGGUUCUGUACCAAAUUCUGAUGCUCGAUCAGCUCAACUGACGCCCAAAAUCCCAAAGUCUGAGAGCAAUACUAGCAGGAGACCACCUGUUGCUGGGGAUAACCGAAUGCAGAGUAAACAAGGGCAGCGUAAGCCGAUUCCUGAUGGUAGGCUUGAUUCUACCUCAGUGAAGCAUAGAAAACAGCUGGGCAGCAGUACUGGAAAUGGGUCAAGCCGGAGUCAGGAGGAAAAAGGGUUGACCCCCGAAACCAGCGUUCAAAUCAAACCCUCGACUCUGACUAUGAAGACAUCGGUUCCAGAUAGAGCUCACACCAAGGAUAGAGAUGCUUCUUUAGCUGUUGAGAGAAAGCCUCCAUCUGAUGUGCAGAAAACAGUGUUACCUAGGCCACAUCCUUCAAUGUCAGGUCAGCAAAAACCAUUGCUCAAGUCGCAGCCAUCUAGCUCCAAUAUGCAGAGAGCGCCAUCCAAGUCGCAUCCACAUGAACAGGGAAAGGAUGUUCAAGAACCUGACAGAUCCAGACUGAUGCCCAAACAGCCAGUAUCUUGUCCAACAGCUCCUAAGGUGAAAACUCCCAAGAAACUUCCAUCUCGUCCUCCCGCGCCAAAGAACAGUCAAAGGAAGAGGUCUAUGAGUCCAGAUCCGGGCAAUUACCAACAAAUUAUUAGAAAUUUGGUAAAUCCAGGUUAUGACCCUCGCAAAUACGGUAACGAUAGAGAUGACAGAAGCAUGGAGGCUAGUUUUAAGGAAAUAGAGCUGGAAGAAAAGCGUAGUGCAAGAAUUGCAAAAGAGGAGGAUGAAAGAGAACGUCUCCUCGAAGAAGAAGAAGAGAAAAAAGAAGCGGAAGCCAGGAUGAGGAAGAAGCGUAAACUAAUCAGUCAGCAGUGAUGAUAAAAAACCGAAAGGCAACCAACCUUCUUCUCACACUCAAAUUUUUGUAACUUCAAAUCCUCAAUUAGU